CCACCUUGCCGAGUCUUGUGGACGAGGCCGAAGCUUCUCUCACUCAGUGUGCGAGUGGACGCCUGUGGGGUUGAGUUUGUCCGAACAUUAUCCACACACCAGCGCUAGACAAGGCCCAGAAAAUGGAUCUCACCAAGUUCAACAGUGCUCAAGUCACGUACAUAACACUGAGUCUAAUCUUCCUUAUGAAAAAUGCGGCAGCGAUUGACUGCUUCCAGUGUAAGUCGACAGAGGAGCGGACGUGCGGGGAGGAGCUACCACAACACCACACGCUCUUCGCCGACUCUUGUGACCACAUCCAGGAGGCCGAGUACUGCAUCAAGAUGACCGGCCUCGUCGAAGGUGCGUGCGGUCUCAAGUGUUACGUGUGUGACAGUAGUAGCGACGAGCACUGCCCCGAGCGUUUGAGAGCCAGGCAUCACGAGCCCUCCCUUUCCUCCACCAGCUGCGACCAUGUUUUCGAGGCGCGCUACUGUGUCAAGACCACUGGACUGUUUGAAGGCCAGCUGGGCACCAAGAGGUUCUGCUCGGCAAGGGACUGGGGAAACUACUGUGAGUGGGUGAGACGCCCUGGCGAUGAGCGCGAGUACCGAGCCUGUGUGUUCACUUGCUGGGGCGAUGGCUGCAACUCCGCCCCAACGCACUCCGCUUCCCCCAUGGUGCUGCUGCUGUUGGUGCCCGUCGCGGCUCUCCUCUCUGGGACGAUGCUCUGAGCCUUCCCUUUACGUGUGCACCGACUGCCAAUUUAAGUUUAGUGAGAAACAUAGUGAAGGAAGAACUGAUGAUGUGACAAGGACAUACAAGGAACAGAGUAAUAGUGUUCAGUUAUCCAGUGGAUUCUUCCCUGCAAGGAGCACAGAUGUGGAUUUCUUGUGCAGUGUUGCUAGGAGAGUGGUGGUGUUCCGUGAUGUAUGCGUGACGCUGGACUGUUACCAUUAGGUACGUGUAUGAUGUCUUCCCUACACCACUUGGCUUACCUCAUUUCCAUGGAACUGAUGUAGUGCGUAGGAAACACCCUAUCCUGUCGUAUUCGCGUGGUGUUUAUGGUGAGGAUGUGUUCCGUCAAAUCUGCCGUGGAAGGAAAUGCUAGAUACGUGGUAUAUUUCCUGUAAAGGUAAACAGAUUGAUGAAUGAAUUGCUAUGAAUCUGAAGAGGGACGAAGUGUGUGUGUAUGUGUGUGCAAUCUUUCUGACGUUAUCUUUUGAUUAUAAAGUAAAUAGAAUGUACCAUUAUUACACGGCGUAGAAAUGAUCAUUUAUUAUUAUUAUUAUUAUUAUUAUUAUUAUUAUUAUUAUUAUUAUUAUUAUUAUUAUUAUUAUUAAUAUUAUUAUUAUUAUCCUAUUAUUAUUAUUAUUAUUAUUAUUAUUAUUAUUAUUAUUAUUAUUAUUAUCAUUAUUAUUAUUAUUUUAUUAUUAUUAUUAUUAUUAUUAUUUUUAUCAUCAUCAUCAUCAUCAUCAUCAUUAUCGCCAUCACCAUCAGCAUCAUUAAACAACAUGUCAGCUCAUAUCACUUAUAAUUUUCCUUCCACAAUUGUCUGUGCUCAGAUUAUGAUCAUAACCUGACUGUCUUUUGCAACAAGUAGAUAUAGUCAAACUUUUUUUCUUUUUUUUUUUAUAUAUUCUUUAUUCAUAUAUGUACACUAUAUUAUUAGGCAUUAACAUUUUGUCUUCAUCCUUUGAUUCUCUUUCACAAUUUCCUUCGAAGGGGAUUUAAUAACCUAUCUUAGGACGCUCCUCGUUUACGCUGUACCUGAAGUGAUGCUCCUUUCAAGGUCCAUAGAUCGAUUCCUUCUUGCUGCAUGGAACACUUUCCGGAAUGAAGCGCAUGUCUGUAUCAAUAAUAGUUUAAUCCUAACGAAAAGGAAUUACAUAUUGCAGUAUAAGAACCUUAGUUUGCAUUCCCCAUUUACAUACAUUCCUCACCAUGCUCUCCUGCUCCACUCUGUGCUGGAGGCUUAGAAGACCGUAUUUUGAAUCGUUUAAGGCUCUCCUUAGAUGCCAGAUUAUUAGUAGUGUUUUCAUGAAAAUGUAGAACUAUAUUAGAAGCACCAAGUAAUAUGUAUAUUAAGAUAUUAAGAAAAGUGGGUGCAGGUAGCAUGGAAAUUGGAAAGGAGAAUCAAAUAGAAUACAUCCAUUAUAUUUUAGAGAAUGAGAACAACAGAUUACAUAAGAAAAUAUUACAAGAGAGAAAACUUUAUUACCUAUUGGUUACAGUUCCUCCCAAAAUUAAUGAAGAUUAACUUGAAUAACUAAAAAGUAAAUCAACUUGGGACAAUAAUCAAAGCAUGGGAUGGUAAGGUGGAAACAAAAGGUAAAAGAAAAGAAAAGUUUUAUAAUAUAUUGCAAGUGGAAAGAUGUAAAGGAAGACCUAUAUGACAACAGAUUAAUAGCGUCAGAGAUUAUGUUCAAAGCAAGAACAAACAAUUUACAAGAACAGGAUAGAAAGAAACAAAUACAUUAUGUGCAAUGAGGCGAUAGAAGACCUAAAACACUAUGCUUAGUCUACGUAUAACUUACAAACACGAGAGAACGCAAUACCACUACAAUAUAUGGAAAAAGAAAAAUACCUAAUAAGAUAUUUAGUUUUAAGUAUUAAAAUCAAGGUGAAAGUAAAAGAAACAAUAUACAAAUUUUUGGAAAAUAAGAAGAAAUAAGAAAAGUGCUUGAUAAUAAGGAAGGAUACCAAAGAUACAAGAGGAAAAGGGAAGCGACUUUGCAAAGGCAAAGCUUCCUGCAGGGCUACAGAUGAUCAGCAUUACCUGACGUACGAUAAAAAUGUAGUGUGUACAAUAAUACGAUAAUAUAAUUUGUACAGAAAAUUACGGUCCCUGUACAAAAAAAAAAAAAAAUGAAAAAGUUCUGCUAUUAAAAUAUAAUUAUUAAA